AUGAGUUGCUCCCAGGCCUUCCAGCUCUUCCGCUCAUGCACCGGCUCCUUGUCUGCACGCAGCGUCGCGCGGGCAUCCGUCCCUGCCGUCCGUCGGAGAGCAGCAGUCUCCACGCGCUUCUAUUCUGACGACCGGGCACAGUCAGCUGAGGAUACGGAUAAUAAGUCAGAAACAAACGCCCCAGGGGACAGUGCCUCCGAUCCAACAUUAGAGAAGCUGCAGAAGAAGGAGGCCGAGGUCGUUGACUUAACGGGCCGGUUACGAUACCUGCAAGCCGACUUUCUCAAUCUCCAGCGUAAUGCUGCGAGAGAAAAGGAGCAGACCAAAGACUUUGCCAUCACCCGCUUCGCCACCGACCUCCUCGAGACUGUUGACGUGCUUUCCAUAGCCCUCAAGUCGGUUCCACAAUCGGCACUCGCCCAAUCAUCUGCGUCGAAUUCUGCUCCCUCAUCAGACAGACCUGCCGAAAAGUCUGCUGAGGCGUACCUCAAUGAGCUCUACACCGGGGUGGAGAUGACUCAGCGGCAGCUAUUGCAGACCCUCUUCAAGUAUGGCGUAAAACCGUUCGACCCCACUGGUGACAAGUUCGAUCCCAAUCGACACGAAGCUCUUUACCAAGCACCCAUUCCUGGUAAAGAACCAGGCACUGUCUUUGAUUGCCAGAAGUCUGGCUAUAUGAUCAAAGACCGUGUAUUGCGGGCAGCCCAGGUUGGUGUUGUCCAGGAGCAAUCAUAG